AAAGUUUGGAACAUCGAACCAGUUAAGUUUGCUAUUGUGACUAAAAAUGGUGCGAAAUUUGAAGACUUAGACAUAGAAGGUUUGUUAGCAGUCAAAGAAAGUUUUGACAGAAGGUUCUCAAACCUUAAAGAAGGCAAAGCAUACAAACUUGUUAUACCUUAUGAACCAAAGAAAGCAGACGACUAUGAAUAUUAUGAGUCUAAGAUAGUUGAAGUUCAAGGUAAAUUGGGUAAAAAGAUUUUAGAGUCUAAGCCAGUGUUUGCUCCUAAAGAGGAAGAGAACAUUGACAUUGACCCAGAAAUGUUCUAA